GCAAAGGCAAAGGCAAAGGCAACUCCAAAGGCAACCCCAAAGGCAACGGCAAAGGCAAAGGCAAAUCCGAAAGCGAAGGCCAAACCGAGCAGCUCUUCCACGGUUCCCACAGGAGGGGAAACCAAAGGUAAGGCAAAAGCCGAACCCAACAAAAAGAAAAGGGAAGUUGAGGAUGAGGACAAGCAGGAGCCCAACAAGAAGCCGAAGCAGGAGAAGGAGGAAGCCAAAGGUAAGAAAGCCGAUCCGAAGAAGGACAAGGAUGCUGAGGAGGACACCAAGGAGGACGGCAAGAAGAAGACGGUGCAGAGUACGUUCAAGAAUAUGACGGGACCGGGACAGAGGCAGAAGCAGACGGAGUUCAUCAACAGGAUCAUUCACAGGGACGGGCACGGCAACUUGCAGCUUGCUGGCACCAAGAAAGCUUUCCUGAGCGGAAGCCAAAGCUUGCAGAACCAACGGACCUUUGAGCUGGAGGACAAAGGAAUGAGCCAAACGUUGUUCAUGCAUAAGUUCAACAUGACACCGGAAUCACUCAAGGAGGCGUUCAACAACGGGGAGGUGGAUAUUGCCUACCACAGCGGCAAACCCUACGUGUCCUGGAGGAUUAUGACGUCGAGAAACAAAGACAUGAGGAAAACGGACAUCAAUCUUCAAGGGAAGAGGAUGGCGGUAUCGGAAAGGGAAGCAGGCCAAAUGCAGACCCUCUUGGACGAUAUCAGCCUGGAGAUGCCCAUGGAGCUGCCGGACAUGCCCAGCAAUCCGAUGAUCGCCGAUGGCCGUGCGGAUGAUGCCGGAACUGGAACAGGAUCAGGAUCCGGAUCAGCAGGACCAGCAGCAGAGGAGAAAGCAAUGACGGCGGCCAGGUGGACUAGGACAAAGGACCUCGCGGAUCAGGGAGUCAAUACCUGUGGGCAAUUGCAGGGCAAAGUUGAGAAGAUGCUCGAGCAGAUGGCUCCGAGUGAUUCUUGUUGGACGCAAUUGAGGAGAGACGUCAACGAGCGGAUUGAGACAUUCAGGAAGGAGAUGGAGUCCCUGAAGAAGUUCCAGGAGCUUCCGAAGAACAAGUAUCCCGGCGAGGUGACCUGGGAUAAGGUCAAUUCAUUUUUGCAGCAGCAGGUACAGGUGGUCAAGGCCAUCAACGAGGAUAUCGCCGGAGUCAGAGGCAAGCUCGAUGCGCGAGCCAAGGCGGACAAGCAGAAAGAGAAAGAGAAAGAGAAAGAAAGUUGA